UCAUUCAAGUUUAUAAGCUAACCUUUGGUAGCUUUAGAGCUCGAUCUCCACUCAUCCCGAAAAUGGCUUGGAUUUGGAUGAUUAUUAUCAUGUUUGCUCUUGUGCUUCUCUUUUGGGCAUGGAUGGAGAGGAACAAAAGCAAGAAACUACCACCUGGUCCCAAAGGGUUUCCCAUUAUGGGUUCCCUUCAUUUGUUGGGAAAGCUUCCCCACAGAGAUCUUCAUCGUUUGUCUCAAACAUACGGACCCAUCAUGCACAUGAAACUAGGCCUUGUUAACACCAUUGUGGUGUCUUCCCCUGAAGCCGCCGAGCUGUUUUUGAAAACCCAUGACGUUGUUUUUGCAAGUCGUGCACCUAAUGAGGUUUUCAAGCACGUAUCUUUUAGCCAAAAGACCAUUGCAUUUGCUAAAUAUGGUCCUUAUUGGCGCAACAUGCGCAAAAUGUGCAUACUCGAGUUGCUUAGCAACCACAAAGCCAAUUAUCUCCAAUCAAUGAGAAGGCAAGAGCUCGGGUUCACGAUCCACCAACUUCGUGACGCUGCAAACAGUGGCAUGGUUGUAAAUAUUAGUUCCAAAAUCUAUUCCCUCACUGCAAACAUGGCAUGUCUUAUGAUCUUAGGGAGAAGAUUUGAAGAUAAAGAACUUGAUGAGAUGGGGUUUAAGUGGAUGAUUCAAGAGAUCUUCCAUUUAGCUGGAGCUUUUAACUUGGGGGACUUCAUUCCUUUCAUUGCACCUCUUGAUCUUCAAGGAUUCAUCCGUGGUGCAAGAUCCGUUCAUAAAGUAUGUGAUACGUUCUUUGAGAAGAUCCUAGAUGAACACCUUGAAUCCAACAACAAUGACACCAAAGAUUUGGUGGAUGUCAUGUUGGGCAUUAUGGGCUCUCAAACAACCGAGUAUCAAAUUGAUCCAUCCACCAUCAAAGCCAUAAUACUAGACAUGCUUCUUGGGGGAGUGGAGACACCAGCCACCACCAUUGAAUGGGCACUAGCUGAGCUCAUUAGACAUCCACAAACAAUGAAGAAAGUGCAAGAUGAAUUACAAAAAAUUGUGGGUUUGAAUAGAAUGGUGCAAGAAGCAGAUUUGGAUCACUUGGAAUACUUAGAUAUGGUAGUUAAAGAGACUUUUAGGUUACAUCCUCCAAGUCCAUUACCCAUUCCACGUGAGUCUGUCGAAGAUUCGGUAGUUAAGGACUUCUACAUUCCUAAAAAGUCGCGUAUAAUAAUAAAUGUAUGGGCGAUUGGACGAGAUCCAAGUGUUUGGAUUGAUGCAGAAAAAUUCUUUCCGGAAAGAUUUAUUGGCAAUCAGGUGGACGUGAAAGGAAGAGAUUUUCAACUACUUCCAUUUGGAUCUGGUAGAAGAGGUUGUCCUGGAAUACAAAUGGGUUUAGUCACGGUUCAUUUAGUAUUGGCUCAGCUUGUGCAUUGUUUUGAUUGGAAGCUUCUAAAUAGUAUGGUGCCAGAUAAAUUAGAUAUGACAGAAAAAUUUGGUUUAAGUUGUCCUUUAGCUCACAAUAUCAUGGCUACUCCUACGUACCGUUUGCAAGACUAAUGAAAUUGGUCGGUGAUAAUCUUACCCGAAGAGCUAAGGAGGUUAUAGGAUAUUAUGGGAUUUGUCAUUUGAGAAAUGU